AUGUUGGAUCAUUAUUCAUACGAAGAAAUUGACGAUGCCUCCAAAAAGAAGAUGCAGUCACACGUUGUCAUUCUUGAAUACUGUAAAUUUGGCGAUAUGUUCACUCAGCAAAUAAGUUUUGUGAGCACUAAAGGCAAGAAAGUCAAGUACAUGAGACCGCUCAAAUAUUUGAAGACGUGUAUUGAUUUAUUGGAAGCUUUAGAAUGUGUUCACAUGAAAGGUUAUGUUCAUAGCGAUAUUAAGCCCCAAAAUAUAUUAAUUUCCCAUGAAGGUGUUAGGUUAGCAGAUUUUGGUUUUUCUGUCAAACAAGGACAAGCAAUAUUGGGAGGAACUUUGCGAUAUCUACCCCCGAGCACCAUGAAGGACAACCCUCACAUGCCGGAAUUGAUGUGUACAGCAUGUUUUAUUCACUUUUUGAAAUUUUUAAGCAAAAAGAAGGUCAACUUUCAAGUUUCUUCUUCUUCAGAGGAUGAUUUUGUGAGAAUAUGGCAAGAAAAUCUAAAGACCAAUCCUUAUUUCACAUUAUUCAACACGAAAGGGAAAUCGCUCAACGCCAGCGCACACUACGCUCAUCCACUCGUAGAAUUAUUUGAAAAAUGUCUCGACCCUAAUCCUGCAAUGCGACCUUGCACAGCGGAAGCCCUCGAAGUCAUGAAACACAUCCACCGAACGCAUGCCGCAAUACUCAUUCAAAAACCAUGCGAGGACAUUUGA